AAAACGUUAACCAAACGAGGAAAAUGAUACGAACAAUAGCAGCUGUAAUGCACGUUAUCAAUUUCUUUCACGACCGAUAAGAAUUUGAACACAAUUUUCGCGUUUUGAAUUUGAAAAUAUUUCAGAGUUAAGGGAUAUACGAUCUUCCCGGCGCUUCCUCCAGCCAGAAGAUGUCUUCGAAACUAUUAAGACAAAAGGCACAGGAAUUUCUGGCUUCAAGGAAACACGCGAAUAAUUUAGUAGACAUAAUAGCCCAAUGGGAUGAAUCCACCACGUCCUGCUUACUUACGAUAGAAACGAUAUUCGUUGAAGUUUUAAGGAGAGGUGACAUGUAUCUCGAACGAACAAUAACACUUACAAUUUCAGAACCGACUCCAGAAGCUAGGUACAUCAACUGGUUGAGAAACUGUUACGAAGAAAUAUGGGAGAAAAUGCUUCUAUGUAUAGAGAAAUAUCGACCUGCUGUUCAAUUACAAGCACUAGCUACCGCCAUAAAGCUCAUGGCAGAAGAAGGAAAAAAUCCCUUGGAGCCAAUGGGUAAUUUAGGGUAUUGUUUUCCACUACAUCGGUUGAAACCUAUUUUGAUGAGUUUACUUUCACCGGAGAAAGACAAUGCUAGUUUAAUAUCUAGAUUUCAAGAAAUCACAGAGUAUCCUGAUGCUCUUUUCUAUGCCUGGAAAUGUCUUCCCUCUCUAACUCCAAAAAGGCAACCACAUGAAAUUUAUAUAAAAAAUUUACUCGAGCUUAUACACAAAUUGCCAUUACCAAAAGAAUCUGAAGAAUAUGAGAUGUCUGAAAAUAAAAAUUUACUAUGUGGACCACAACAAGAUAUUAAAAAUUUCGUAUGGGAUCAAGCAGGGGCCAGACGUGCAUUAAAUAAAGUCUGGGUUUGUGUUAUGUACUGGGAAUUAACGCCACAGUUACACAAACAAUUAUUGAUAGUACUUUUAGAAUGUGUAAUGCCACAUUUAGAAAAACCUGUUCUACUAACAGAUUUUCUUAUGGAUUCCUUGGAUGCGGACGGGCCCAUUGGCUUGCUCGCGUUACAAGGUGUAUUUUUACUAGUUACCAAACACAACCUGGAAUAUCCCAAUAUCUUUACCAAACUUUAUUCUAUGUUCGAGCCAGAAAUCUUCCAUACGAAGUAUAAAGCUCGUUUAUUUUAUUUGUCCGACCUUUUCCUCAGUUCGACGCACUUACCGGAAGCGUUAGUUGCCGCCUUCGCAAAACGACUCGCGCGCUUAACUCUUGUUGCGCCACCCGAGGAUAUUCUCAUUAUUUUACUUUUUGUUGGAAAUCUCCUGCUUAGGCAUCCUGGCUUGAAACGUCUCAUCGAUCAUCCGCAAGAAGGCGAGAUCUCAACGGAGGAAAGUAAUGGCGCCGGAGACCCGUUUUUGAUGGAAGAGCGAGAUCCAUUGCUGAGCAACGCUCUUCUCAGCAGUCUCUGGGAAAUCAAAGCAUUGCAGUGGCACAUCGUUCCGAGUAUCGCUAGCGCCGCGCGUUUUAUUCGUGAACCUUUACCCUCUGUCGAGUACGACAUGGCAUCAGCUUUAGAACGCACGGGUGGACAUUUAUUCGAUCGUGAAUUAAAAAAUAAGGUGAAAGAUAUAAUGUUAACAUUCGAGAGGCCCAAUUCUAUAGCUUUGCCAAAGGGGGAAAGAUUAUUGCAGUAUUGGCAGCUAACGACAAUGCACUGACGAUCGAUAUUAAUGUUAUGC